UGUCACGCCCAAGUCGGGUGUGAAUAAGUAGGUACCCGUGCGCUGCGCAGUCGCAACUUGUGCCUGCCGUCAGGCCAGCAGACAGGCUAUUUGCGUGAUUCAGAAGGGGAUGGGACAGUUGCGACACCUCAUGUCCUCGGCUCAAGGCACCCCUGCUGGCAACCUCGAUGCAGGUCUCGUCACUCAUCCGGGCGAAGGUGCCAAACUCACCCAUAUAUCAUCCUCGCCUACGGUGUUGACUUUCCGCCGCUCGCUGUUUAGACCUCCUUCUCUCCCAGCCCGCACCUCUCGAGACCUGACCGUGAGUCUCGCCAACUAAGUUAGUACAGUAGUUACUCACGUUGUGACUUUAGUCCGCGAGUGCACUCAGCCAGGCCUGCCUCGCCCACAUCGACCCUCUGCAGCGUCAGAAUGUACCGACUCGCUUGUUUCGUCUCCUUGGUCCUUUUCGUGGGCUUGUCGGUCGCUGCGACGCCCAACGAAGACCUCAACAACGCCCUUGCCACGGUUAAUCAGGCCCGCCAAGCUAAGGGUGUACGGCCGCUGCAGUGGGAUCCCGACCUGGCCGGCUACGCCCAGACUUGGGCAAACUUCAUGGCCAGUGACUCGGUCGCGUUCUCCCACGCCCCCAGCCAAUAUCGCCAGAACCAAGGCGAGAAUAUCUACGAUCGAGAGUCCGGUCAGGGCGACUUUGAAUACGACAACCCGGUUUUGACGGCCAUGCGCUCCUGGCUGAGUCAGGCUCCGCUGUACGACGACAAGCCCGUCACAGGGCACGAAAAAUGGCUGCACUGGUCGCAGUGCAUGUGGUCCAACACGACGCAUAUCGGCUGCGCUCGCGCCUACAGCAUCUCGACGGCCUACAAGGUGUAUGACGUCUGCCGCUUCUACCCUCAGGGUAACAUUGUUGGAGAGAAGCCAUUUGAACGCAAGCAAACGCUCCACAGAAAUGGCACCGGCCAUUGACGCUGGCAUUAGAGCAGGUCCCUCGGUGCCGAGUUUGGUGGACUGCGAUGGCCAUGCCUGGAAAUGGGCUCAAUGGAGGCGUAUUUGCUUCGUGGCCGCCGGACUGAACGAUUUCGGCGGCCGACUGAUAAACUUUGGUGCGAAGGAAUUAUAGCAGUGGAGCGAGAACGAACCCUUCUGCCCACCGAUUGAAGUGCCGACGUGUGAUCACGGCAGGUGACAUUUCGUACAUGCUCAUGGGACUGUGAGUAGAGUAACAGUCGCGAUGGACAGGCCGAGUCUACGCAGAC